CCUUCAUUCCACCAUCCACACGGCCAAACCUCCCUUAACAAUCUACUGACACCACCUCUCUCCGGUUUCAGAUCUUACCCACGAUCUAAAAUGGACGUUCGCCGGCGUCCGAUCAAGCAUCAAUCGCACCACCGAUCGGUGAAAUCACAUACCGCCGGCGAACUUCUAAAACCCCACAACCAACCAAAAGCCUCCGACGCCCUCCCACUCCCACUUUACCUUACCAAUGGCCUCUUCUUCACUCUUUUCUUCUCCGUCAUGUACUUCCUCCUUCAUAGAUGGCGUGAGAAGAUCCGUAACUCCGUCCCUCUUCAUGUCGUCACCUUGUCGGAACUCGCCGCCCUUGUCUCCCUCGUCGCCUCAGUCAUCUACCUCCUUGGCUUCUUCGGCAUCGAUUUCGUGCAAUCUGUUAUCCGUCCUUCACCUGAUUCGUGGGAAAUUGAAGAUGAUAAUUCAGAUCAACUCAUGAUCGACGAUGAUAAGCCUGUUAAGCCAUGCGGGCAAGCCUUGGUUCCCCACAUUAUGCCCACGACGGAUGUGGCGGAAAGCGUUGUGGAGAAGAAGAAACCACCACCCGCCAUUGAGCACACAUCGGAGGAAGAUGAGGAAAUCGUGAAGAUGGUGGUCGCAGGUUCAGUUCCGUCGUAUUCCCUCGAGUCAAAACUCGGAGACAGCAAAAGGGCGGCAGCAGUACGACGGGAGGCUCUUCAGAGGAUAACCGGGAAAUCUUUAUCCGGGUUGCCUCUUGAAGGGUUUGAUUACGAUUCCAUUUUGGGGCAGUGCUGUGAGAUGCCGGUGGGGUAUAUUCAGAUUCCGGUAGGGAUUGCAGGGCCAUUGCUUUUGAAUGGGGCGGAGUUUUCCGUUCCAAUGGCGACGACGGAGGGGUGUCUUGUUGCUAGCACCAACAGAGGAUGCAAAGCUAUCUAUGUCUCCGGUGGCGCCACCUGUAUGCUGCUGAAAGAUGGGAUGACAAGGGCGCCGGUGGUGAGGUUCGGCAGCGCAAAGAGGGCGGCGGAGUUGAAGAUGUUCUUGGAAGAUCCGUUGAAUUUCGACACUCUUGCCGUUAUGUUUAACAAAUCAAGCAGAUUUGGAAGACUACAAAGCAUACGAUGUGCAAUCGCCGGCAAGAAUCUUUACAUAAGGUUUUGUUGCAGCACCGGUGACGCCAUGGGAAUGAACAUGGUCUCAAAAGGUGUCCAAAAUGUUCUUGAUUUCCUUCAAACUGAUUUCCCCGAUAUGGACGUCAUGGGCAUCUCUGGAAACUAUUGCUCCGACAAGAAACCUGCUGCAGUGAACUGGAUAGAAGGUCGUGGGAAAUCUGUGGUUUGUGAGGCAGUGAUCAAAGAAGACGUGGUCCAAAAGGUGUUGAAAACGAGUGUUGCUUCUUUAGUUGAACUAAACAUGCUCAAGAAUCUUACAGGAUCUGCCAUGGCUGGUGCACUUGGAGGUUUCAAUGCGCAUGCUAGCAAUAUAGUCUCGGCUGUGUACUUAGCCACAGGUCAAGAUCCAGCUCAGAAUGUUGAGAGCUCUCACUGUAUCACAAUGAUGGAAGCUGUUAAUGGUGGUAAAGAUCUUCAUGUAUCAGUCACCAUGCCUUCCAUUGAGGUUGGAACAGUUGGAGGGGGUACCCAACUGGCAUCACAAGCAGCAUGUUUGAACUUAUUAGGUGUCAAAGGUGCAAGUAAAGAUGAACCAGGGUCAAACGCAAGGGUGUUGGCCACCAUAGUAGCUGGCUCAGUUCUUGCAGGUGAGCUCUCUCUCAUGUCAGCAAUAGCAGCAGGUCAACUUGUGAAGAGUCAUAUGAAAUACAACAGAUCUACCAGAGAUAUGUCCAAGUUAGCCUCCUCUUAGAUGUCUCAUAUAUAUAGCCACUUGGUUGUCUUGUGAUCCCUUUGUAUGCAUUAGGGUCGACACAACAAGUGGACCCUAUAAUGAACACUGGUUCACCAUAUAUAGAAUAUCUAAAAAAACACAAAAAAAGAAUAAAUGUGGCUAAGGGUAGAUAAUGGAUGGAUUAAGGAGAGGUGAAUGAUGAGGACAAAGAAGAAAACAAAAGGGAAACGAAGUAGUGGUGUAAGUGUUGUGUAUUCUUUUAAUUGAAGAUUCCCAUGUGAGUUUGGAUCUGUUUCCCAAGUGUAUAAAGGUUGUGUAUGUGUAGUGGUGGUGGUGGGGAGAAUCAAUAGGAAACACAGAAAUCUAGGGCUGUGGUGUGGUAUUGUUUUUUCAUGUCUUGUUUUUUACGUUGCUGCUGGUCAUUAGGGUUUGCAUGUGCAAAUGCUUCUAUUUUAUUUGUAUCAAUCUUGUCUGUAUCUGUGUUUAUUUUUCAACUCUUUUGUUUGUUUAAUACUUCUCUGAACUUGUGAAUCGAUCUACACUUAAAAUA